CCUUUAGGAAUGGUGAUAGGUAACUGGGAUUGUAGUGAUAUUUCAAGCAGACUUUUGUCUUCAAUCAAUAUCACAGGUGUCCUCAAUUUUCUAAUUAGUCAUUCAGCCUGUUUAAAUUAGCAAAGUCCUCACUGUGCUGUUCAGUAUCACUACUUGCACCACCCUGAACAUGGGCAAGAGAAAGAAAAGAAAUUAAUAUGAGGAGCAAGGUCAAGUUAAAGGCUACAAAACCAUGUCCCAGGAGCUUGAUGUUCCUGUGUCCAAGAUGCUAACAUAAUUAAAAAGUUUAAGGUCAGAGGGUCCCUAGACACGGUCGCAAGAAGAGAACUGAGCACAGAUUGAACAGUGUAGUCUGAAUGGUAGAUACAGAGCAGAGGAAAACUUUAUAACAGAUACAAGUUGACCCCCAAAAUCAGGGUACAACAGUGUCCAGUCGCACCGUAUGUUGCUUUCUGAAUGAAAGUGGACUCCACAGGAGAUGACCCGGGCAGACCCCACUUUUGAAACAGCAAGCAUGUUGACAUUACACAAUGCCUCUGGGAGAAUGUCCUGUGGAUGGAUGAGACAAAAUCAGAGCUUUUUUGGUAUAGGAAUUACAUUGUGAUAGUUCUGACACCUCUCCUGCUUCUUCCUCUGCCGCUGAUCAUCCCAACCCCGGAAGCAAAAUGUGGCUAUGCGAUAAUCCUCAUGGCGCUGUACUGGUGCACAGAGUGUAUCCCUCUGGCUGUGACCGCGCUGCUGCCUGUCAUUCUGUUCCCCAUGAUGGGUAUUAUGGAGUCAGGCGAGGUUUGUAUUCAGUACCUGAAAGACUCCAACAUGCUCUUUAUUGGUGGCUUGCUGGUGGCCAUUGCUGUGGAGCACUGGAACCUACACAGGAGGAUCGCUCUUCAAGUUCUGCUUAUUGUAGGAGUGAAGCCAUCUCUCUUGAUGAUCGGUUUCAUGGGCACCACAGCCUUUCUGUCCAUGUGGAUCAGUAACACGGCCUCUACAGCCAUGAUGCUGCCUAUCGCAAAUGCUGUGCUGCAGCAGUUGAGUGACACAGAGGCCAGCGCUGAGGAGAGGGAGUAUGAUCUGACUGCUGCAAAGGAUGGUCAGGAAAACCAGGCGUUUGAGAUAAGUGAGCUCAAAGCAAAGGACAGCAGCAUCAACAUGGAUGCAGAUAAGGAUGGUGACACCAAAGACAUUAAGGAAAUCAAAGAAAACAAUGUUAUUUCAAGUCUCAGCUUUGUCCCUCCAGAGGUUUAUGUGAGGACUCCAGAGGCGGAGCAGAGAAGACUGAGGAGAGAGCAGAAGUAUUUGAAGCUGUCGAAAGGCAUGAGCCUUAGUGUCUGUUAUGCUGCCAGCAUCGGGGGGACGGCCACCCUCACUGGAACCACACCCAAUGUCAUCAUGAAGGGCCAGAUUGAUGAACUCUUCCCAGAAAAUGGAGGUGUUAUCAACUUUGCAAGUUGGUUUGGCUUCUCAUUCCCCAACAUGGUGCUAAUGCUCGCUCUGUCUUGGUUGUGGUUGCAGUUUAUGUUUUUGGGCUUCAACUUUAAACAGUCCUUUGGAUGUGGAACAAAGAAAGAUGGUGACAGGCAGGCCUACCAGGUAAUCAAAGAUGAGUACAAAAAGUUGGGCAGGAUGAAGUUCGCUGAGGGCUGUGUGCUGGCUGUCUUCAUUUUGCUGGUUCUUCUGUGGUUUACCAGGGAGCCUGGGUUCAUACCCGGCUGGGCCACUGUGCUCUUCAACAAAGACAAGACGUAUGUUACAGAUGGCACUGUGGCCAUAUUAAUGUCUGCACUCUUCUUCUGUAUCCCGUCCAAUUUUCCCGGGAUGUCCAGGGAUGCUGAAGCCCCUUCAGCGCUGCUCAACUGGGACAUUGUCCAUGAGAAGAUGCCUUGGAACAUCCUUUUGCUCCUGGGAGGAGGCUUCGCAUUGGCCCACGGAAGCGAGACAUCUGGACUCUCUGUGUGGCUGGGAAAAAGUCUCAUACCGCUGCAGAGCAUCCCUCCUUUUGCCAUCUCCAUCCUGCUGUCUCUGCUGGUGGCCAUGUUCACCGAAUGUUCCAGCAACACCGCCACCACCACUCUCUUUCUGCCAAUACUGGCCUCCAUGGCCACUGCCAUUAAGAUGCACCCACUGUAUGUCAUGUUUCCCUGCACCAUUGCUGCCUCACUGGCUUUCAUGCUGCCGGUGGCCACUCCACCCAAUGCCAUCGCCUUCUCCUACGGCAACCUUAAAGUUAUUGACAUGGCCAGAGCUGGAUUCAUUCUGAACUUUCUUGGCGUCAUCACCAUCAACAUCGCCAUUAACACGUGGGGUGUGGCGAUGUUCCAGCUGAAUACCUUUCCCAGUUGGGCUAAUACCACCAAAACUCCUUGAAUAUGAACUCAGGAAAAAGGAAGCCUUAUCUGCUGAUUUAUCAGGAUUCCACCACGUGAAGACUGGGCUGUCAGGUGUCUUUUUAAAAAUGCUGUUUAAAGCUCUCAUGUAUAUUCCAGCCAGCACAGCUUGAUGUGCACAGAGGCCUGUCCUUGAGUGCUGAUUCAGGUUCUUCUUCUGUGCUGCUUUCAGUCUUAUGUCCUGACUCACACUGAUGAUCCUCAGAAACCAGCUGUUCAUGCUGACUGGAAACACUGGAGCAACAUUUGUUGAUGUUUUGACUAGACUGAAUUUGACAUUAAUCAAUCUUCUGGACAGUUAACAAAAGCAGAUCAGAAGUUAAUGUUGUUAGAGUCAACACUAUGAUUUUCACCUACAAGACAUAAUAUUUAAAAAGUGUUUGAGUGAAAAUGUAUAUUGUGACCAGAAAUAAAUAUUUGGAAUAGAGAUGCUA